AUGAUAGUAAUUUUAGGUGUGGUUUUAUAUGACUAUUGGAAAUUAAUAUAAUAAUAAUCAAAUAAUACCAUUCAAUAGUAAUAAACUAAGUUUAUCAAUUUAAAAUAAUAGUCUAAUUUAUUUGAUAAACAAUCCUCAUAAUGUAAAAUUCAAGAAAAUCCUUUAAAAUCACCUGAAUUAGAAUGUCCUGAUUAACAAAAUAGUCCAAUGGUUCUGGAUUUGUAAUGUAAUGAAGAGGAAGAUGUACUUGCUCAUAUGUAUGAAAUUAUUGAUUUUAAUCCUUAGGGCAUGGAUUCACAAUUAAUCUAUUUUAGUUUAUAAUUAAAAUUUUGAAAUUACCUACUAAAACUUUUUUUUAGGAAAACUAAAUAAUUUUCAAAAUAAGGGAGGUAACAAUGAUUAUGAAUAAAUCUUUCUUGAAGCGAUUAUAGAAAUUGGAAGUCGAGAAGUAAACGAUUUAUUUGGAAACUCAGAAAUAGAUUUAGAUUAAGAUGGGUAUUCUAUAAUAUAAAUUAUUAGUUCCUUAAUUUUGGAUAGUACUGUACAUAGUAGAUACAAAAUUAAAGGAGGGGUUUAAAAAAUCCGAUAAAUGGUAGCUGUUUUAUUUAAUAAUUAUUAAAAGUAUUUCUUUAUAUUUAUUUUAGAUGGAAAUUCUUUACUUUUACUUUAUUCAAAAUAAAAAGCAAUGAAUUGAACUUUAAAAAUAUUAAUAUCAAAGUAUUGGUGACUGAAGUAAAAUCAAAACUUUAUAUCCUUUUUAUGUUUGAGACAGUUCAAAAGGUUUCAUCAAAAAGAGUACUAGAUGAGCCUCUUUAAUUUUAAAAUGUUUUCUAAACUUUUCUAUCUGAAUCCAACAAUUAUAUUAAUGCUAUGCAUCUAUUACUUCUUUUAUGUUCUCAUGAUCAUGAAAAAAAUGCAGGUGUAAUCUAAAAACAAUAUUUAAAACAAAUGAGAAUGAGCACAUAAAAAUUCAUGAUUUUUUUAGGAACCAUGAAGGAUUUAACUCUAUAACUCACAAAUCAACUCACUUUUAGAAACUCAACCUUUAAAGUUGUUGAUCUUCUAGAUGAACUCUAAUUGAUUUAUGAGGAUUGCUUAAAAAUAAAAGAAAUCUCUAUCAUUCGUAUUAUAGAUAAUGAUAUGAUAGUUUUUAAUGAUUGUGAUCGUGUAAAGUAUAAAUAAUAUUUAGACUAAACAAAUUCUGAAAUGUCUUAUUGAAAUUGCAAUUAAAUAUACUGUAGCAUCUAAAAUUAGAAUAGAUAUUCAUUAGGUAUCACCAAAUAAUUAUUAAUUUUAAAUCAAAGAUAUUCCUUUUAGAGAAGAAAACUCAAAAUCUUAAUAUCAAGUUGUUCUUAAAAAUAUUGCAUAGUUAAUGAAAACAAAUUGUAAAGAUUUUGAUAUGAGUAAUCUAUUAGAAUUGCAAGUUUCUGGGAUUUUAUCCUUUUUACUUUCAGGUUCUCUUCGAAAACCUUUAGAAUUAAAUUUGGAUAAACAAUUUUAAGGUACUUUUACCUUUACUGUUGAAUCACUUCCAUUAAAUAUUAAACAUGGUAAUCAUGGACAAUAAAUAAAGCCAAAGCGUGGAUUUGAAACUUCAUUAUCUAUGUUAUUGGCAUAAGCAUAAGAUAGUUCUCAUUAUAAGAAUGAAGAAUCAAAAUACCUAUCUUUUACUUAGAUUUCAAAAUAGUAUUCACUUAAACCAGAUAUUCCAUUUGAUUUAUAGAGUGCUCAUUUUUCAUAAAUAUCGAAAAUUAAAUAAGAGUCUCCGAAAAUAAAACCUGUAAGUUCAUACGCUUAAAGUAAUUCAGGUGGAACAAAUAAAAUAUAAGAUUCAUUGUUUCCUAAAAGUGUGAAUACUAAUAAUCCGUCUAAAAUAAUUAAAAGUGAUCCUGCAAUGAAUGAAUCUUCGAAACCUAUGAAUAGUGCUUUAGAUUUUGGAGAGAGUACAAGUCCUAAUAUUGAUCCUCCAGAAUUAAGUCCAAAGUUUUUACAAUCUGUAAUUAAGUUCAAAUUAACAAAUUAAUGUUGUUCAAAAGUCAUUAUUGCAGAUAAUGAUUAUUUGAAUGUAUCUGUACUUUAAAUUCUACUUAAUAAAUAUGAAGUUAAAUCUGAUAAAGCAUUUACAUAGUAAUAAACUCUUUAGCUGAUUAGAAAUAAGGCACUUAAUCCUUGCAGAUGCAAAAAUGGUGCUUAUUUAUUAUAUUUUAUUGAUGUCUCUUUACCAGUAUGUAUUAAAUACAUAUAUAGCAAUCAGCCGUAGCUUUGAUUUAAGAAAUCAAAUAAUUAUUUAAGUCUUUGCAAGUGGAUAAAGGCUUUAUCAUUGCAAUGGCAAGUUACAGUGAUAUGGAUUUAAAACUAAGUUGCUUUAAUUCUGGAAUCGAUUAUUUCAUUGCAAAACCUUUUGAUUUGUUUGAAUUAACUGCUAUUCUUUAAUAUAUAUAGUUUUGA